AUGGCCACUAUCACCACCACCACCAUGGAAAAGAAACCGAUCAAAGUAUCUGCUCUCUGUGAGCUAUGUCAUUCCCGUAAAGCUGUCAUGAAACGUCCCAAGAACUUACAAAAACUAUGUAAGGAAUGCUUCUACCAUGUAUUUGAAACCGAAAUUCACAACACCAUAACCAGUGCCAAACUAUUCUCCCCUGGUGAUUCAGUAGCUAUUGGUGCUUCUGGUGGUAAAGACUCCACGGUGCUAGCAUCUAUUCUCAAAACUCUUAAUGAGAGAUAUAACUACGGCUUGAACUUGGUCUUGCUUAGUAUCGACGAAGGUAUCAAAGGAUAUCGUGAUGACUCACUUGCCACGGUCAAACGUAACCAGAAACAGUACCAGAUGCCCCUUGAAAUCGUGUCAUACAAGGAUCUUUACGACUGGACCAUGGAUGAAAUCGUGUCGUGUGCCGGUAUACGUUCGUCUUGUACUUAUUGUGGUGUAUUGCGUCGUCAAGCUCUCGAUCGAGGUGCUGCUAAACUAGGCAUCAACCAUGUCGUCACAGGCCAUAAUGCCGAUGAUAUGGCCGAGACCGUGUUGAUGAAUAUCCUUAGAGGUGAUGUUGCCAGAUUAGAAAAGAGUUGCAGCAUCAUGACUGAAAGUGUGGGAUCGCCUGUCAAACGUUCCAAGCCGUUCAAGUAUACUUAUCAAAAGGAAAUCGUGUUGUAUGCCCAUUACAAAAAGUUGGAUUACUUUAGUACCGAAUGUUCGUAUGCUCCUGAAGCAUUCAGAGGUACUGCGAGAGAGUUGUUGAAGUCGUUGGAGGCAAUCAGACCUUCUUGUAUUAUGGAUAUUAUCUACAGUGGUGAACACCUAAGUUUGGCUCCAAAAAAGAAAAAGACUACUGUUCUGUACAAGAACAAGAAGAAGUUGAAUGCCGAAACUGAGAUCAACUCCGAUGGGUCGGUUUCCUUACCUAAGAAGCAAGAGUUUAAAGACGGAAAUAUCUGUGAAAAAUGUGGUUAUUUAUCGUCAAACAAAAUAUGUAAAGCCUGUAUUUUAUUAGCAGGAUUGGAAAUGAAUCGACCAAAGGUUUCAAUCGACAACAACACUGCUAUUGAUGGAGCUGCAAAGCUUUCCAAGACCUUGGAACAAUUGAGCUUUUAA